AACUGACAAAAACAAACGGAGGACAGAAAGACGGCAGAGAAGAUAUCAGAAAAUUGUAUUUAACCGCAUUUAACCAUGGUUUCCCGAUUCGACCAACAAAAGACCAAGCACCAGCUCUUCCACGUGUCCCUCAGCCUGGCCACGAUCCUGAUCUGCAUGACGUACAUGCAGUAUCGCCGGAAUUGGGCGCAUCUCGGCAGCUUCUGGGACUCUUUGGUGGUGCCGAUUGUUUUUCUGGGCGAGCUGCUGAAAGUUGUAUUGGCCCGAUUCUACGGGCGGGUGGAGGAUGGCGUCCUGACCGUCAAACAGCGCCAGAAAAAGGCCGCGUACUUUACGCCGCGAGAGCUCCUAGGAGGAUUCACCCUGCAGUUUCUCUGCACACUGCUCUACGCCUUUAUAUGCAUCAUUUUGGGAGCUCCUGUGCUGGGAAACUACGAGCAGACUUUCGUCCUGGCCCUGCUAAUGACUCUGCUGACAGUGUCGCCCACUGUCUUUCUUCUCGGGGGCGGUGGAGCCCUCCAAGUGUGCUUCUGCGAGAAACCGGACUUUGUGACCAAGUGCGAGGACACUGCUCUGAAUCUCUUCAAGUACAAUGCGCUAGGCGGCAUUUUGGGCGCCUGGGCUGGAAGUGUAGUUGCGCCUCUAGACUGGGGACGCGACUGGCAGGCCUAUCCCAUUCCAAACGUGAUUGGAGCCCUCUUGGGCAGCGCUCUGGGCAAUAUAUAUGCCUGCACGCACGUCCUCUAUGCCACGGCUCGUGUUUACAUGACCAAGAAACGCACCUAAGCCUAACUAAUAAAUGCUAUUAAUCCUGCCAACAAGAUUAUUACGUUGCGCUGCCACUGAAUUCCACACACACAUCCACGAAGAACCACGUCAUCUCGUCUAGUCAUCAGCUUAGGAACUACCAAAAAGCAAUUAACACUUUAAUGUUACAUGUUUAAGCAUUUUACUAGAGUGUAAUAUUAACUAAUUCUUUUUUUAAAUCAAUCAAUUAAUAAACUAACAAAUUAUGAAUUUA